CGGCACUCUACUCACCACCCACCCCCACCUCAACGAACAACAGCCAUGGCCACGUCUCUCGCAGUCCCAAUCGCCUACAUUACGGUGCUCGUCACCUCACUGGCAAUCUUCUCGCGCAUUUAUAGGCGCCGUAGAGCUGCUGAGAAGACGUCGUUUGAGCCAUGGUUCCCCGCCCACCCCGCCCGCGACAUUUACAUUACGCUGCUCGGUGCCGAGCCGCCCGUGCCCGAGAGCAUGCUCAAGUCUGCUCUCCUCGUGCGCGCCACGGCCGACGUCAAGCGCAUCUGGCGCAUCAAGGAGGACAAGCAGACGCUCCAGGGCCUCCAUCAGCGCGGCCUCGUCGGCGACGAUACCAUGGCCCGCUUUGCUGCUGCCGAAAAGGAGCUCGAGGCCGAGAUUGUCGACGUCGUGUCCGAGGCCAACACGUUCCGUAACGGCUGGGGCACCAUGAUCUUUGCCACGGCCUCGGAGAUGGCCCACGCCGAGCGCACCCGCGACACUGUUAUCAACAUUGGCAAGGUCAAGGCUCUUGAGGAGAAGCGCCUCAGCCUCCGCGCCAAGCUUCUCGGUCUCCCCGUCGUCCAGGCCCAGCUCGCUGCCAACGCCCAGCAGCGCUCCCCCGGUUCCGUUUCUCCUGUCCGUUCUCCUUCACCCGCUACCGCCGCCAAUGUUGCCACUACUCCCCCUGUUGUCGAGUCGUCUUCGCCCAUCCACUCUGGCGCGUCCACCCCGUCCAAGUCUGCCACCACUACGCAUGCCACAAACACCCCGUCAAAGAAGGCUCUCAAGGCCGCGGGCAAGAAAAAGUAAAAACUGUAGCUUAUCAUCCUCUCGUGCAGAGUAUACCCCCACAUACUGCACGUCUCAGUCUCCCCCCAUGCAUUAACAUCCACACUUUGU